GAUCAUAUCAGGCCCCAGCUGAUGCUCACAUGUAAAUAUAUUUUUAGAACGUGGACAUCCUGCUUUUGGUUGCCAUGUCACAAGAGGAUGCAGAAACCACAGAGAAAUUGAGCCUACCACAAAAUCAGAAAGAUGAAGCUGAUGAAGGUGGUAAGGACAAAAAGGAAAAUGACACGGGAACCGAUGGCUUGGUUGGUUGGAUUGUGGUGUUUUCCUCGUUUGGCAUCCAUGCUCUUUUCCAUGGCCUUGCUCUGUCAUUUGGGGUCAUCUUCGAGAAACUUCUCGACUACUUCAACAAAGGACGAGGGGAGACAGCACUGGUCGGAUCAUUAGUGUUUGGAUUCCAGAGUGUAGCAGCUCCAGUUGCUGGUGUUUUAACGGACAAAUACGGCUGCCGUGCUGUCACCAUAUGUGGAGCAGCCACUGCAGCGUUUGGUCUUACCAUCAGUGCAUUUGCCCCGAGCAUAUCAGUUUUGUAUUUUACAUACGGUGUUCUCUUCGGACUAGCCUUUGCUCUUGUGUCAGUGCCUUCUAAAGUAAUCAUCAACCAACAUAUGAAACAACGAAGAUCCCUGGCCAACUGUAUUUCGUCCUCUGGUUCCGGCGUGGGUAGUAGCGUUCUGUCUGUCACCCUGCACCAACUUAGCAACACAUACGGAUGGAGGGGUAUGAGUCUGAUCACGGGUAGCGUCCUCCUUAACGGGGUUGUCUUUGGUGGACUCUUCUUCCCGAAGAAGAAAAGGAAAACCGCCCAAGAAAUGCCUGUCACAGGAAACUUUACGCUUCGGAGGACCUGUUGCCAGAAUGACUUCACGAAACUUUUCCGGAACAUUCCCUUUUGCUUUUUCAUGAUAUCCAACUGCUUGGCAAUAAAUGCACUUUAUACACCUUACACUCAUUUACCGAGGAGGGCAACAGACUUGAAGGUAAAAGAGACUGAGGUAAACUGGUUGUUGCCUAUCAUUGGUAUUGCCAGUGUUGUUGGAAAAUUAUUCUUUGGCUGGUUGGGAGAUUUCCAGUGGGUGAACAACCGACAUCUGCUUGCAAGUGCAAUUAUGAUAUGCGGCAUCAGUACCAUUGUCUGUCCGUUCCUGACAACCUUCCCCAUGCUGGUCGGAUUCGCCGUGGUGUUUGGAGUUUUCGUUGGUGUGUUCUAUGGUACCAGAAACGUUGUUCUGGUAGAAGUUGUUGGCGUCGACAACCUCAGCAAGGCAUUUGGUAUCGUAUUGCUGUUUCAAGGUGCAUCUGCCAUACUGGGAGCACCAUUAGCAGGCUGGAUAUAUGACGCCACAAGAGAUUACUCUGCUUCCUUCUACACUAUGGGAUGUAUGUUCAUCGCAAGCAGUGUGAUUUUGCUAAUGCAAGAGAAGGUUGAAAUGAUGUGGAGACGAAGGAAGAACCCGAGUAUCUCCACACUAACCGUGUCAACUCCAACAGACAAUACUACGUGUUAGAAGCAUAGAACAACCAUCGUCUGAGUAGGAGUACCUGGGCGUUGGGUGUUGUGUUAUUACGAACUUUUAUAUGAUUUCAUUGUCGUUCUUGUGAGCAAUAAAUAUUGAUAUAAAAUGAACCUGGUUGAGCAAUGAAUUAAGUGC